AUGAUUCUCACCGGAGAUCUCUCACAGAUCGUGUACCCUAGACAGGAGUGUCCGUACAGUUCGCGCGGCUGUAAUAACGCAAUGAACUGGGAGUUGUUUUACAGCUACGUCUGCAUGCUUUUGUCCUCUUGGCACGUCUUCCGUGCCAUUUAUGAACACAACAUUAUAUCAUUCUCUCGGUUUUCAGAGAAGGCCGAUACUAUGGCCCGAGAGAUCGUAACCUUCUUCCAGUCAUGUGGAAGCGACGCCUGCGAAUCAGAGGUGGCUGGGUUUCUAAUCCAAGUUUUGGCAGAAGAUUUCAAUACAGACGUUGAGGACGACUCAGAUUUCGCUGUAGCUCGGUGGCUCAUAGAUGGAUAUGCCUAUUCAAUACAUGGGGACUGGUCUUUGUUGCAGGAGCUCCAAACCGCCAAUCUUCCACUCUUGCCAGGAUUCAACGGCCAGGUAAUCCCACCUGCACCUUGUACAGGGAAACAGCUGCGGCACAAUGUCCAAAAUUGCGAGGCCGUUGGAGCUAUGGCCUCUGUUGAGUUUGCCUUGCAGCCCGGCCUUGACGACCCGGGCAACUUUACCGCUGACGAAGAGUACUUUGACUCGUGUGGCUACGAUGAUGAUGUGGAUGAUGGCGCGUACGAUGCUUCCCCUUACGAUGAUUAUUUGUGA